AUGAAAGCGAUCGCGUGUUGUUUGGUGAUUUUUCUGAGCGUUUCGGUGGUGUUGAUUUAUGGUGAAAGUCGUCAGUGGGGUCGCCGAGUGUCUGGAGAUCGUCUGCUAGAUUAUGCCGUGGUCGUAAACAACUCGCUACCAGUGCCGGAGAAGAGCAGCAUCUAUCGCUAUCUUCCAGCGGUGGGUUCAUUCCGGCCACCGAACAUUACGGCUAUCUACGCUCGUGAUAACGUGCCGGCCGGACGAGGUGGCAACGCUGGUGUCGUGUCCGGUGGAGUGAACCAAUCCAAUGUGACGCUCAAACUUACCUCGAAACCGUACCAACGAUUCAACUUUACGAUCGAAGUUUACGGAAAGUAG